UUUGCAUAAAAUAAUUAUUUAGACGUGUGACAAGUGUGCAAUGCCAUAAAUGAAAUGUGUUUAUACAAAUUGCGUAUACGCCGCAUGAAAUACACUUGAGAGAACCAGCGCCAACGUACAAAACGCGUGUAUGCCGCGUAAUCUGCUAGGCACCAAACAAAUCUAAAUAUGCCGCGGCAGCAUAAAAUGCAGCUGUGUGUGUGAGCGCGCGCGACAAAUCGAAAGCAACUUAAUAGAAGAAACACUGAGUGUUGCGCUCUCUUGCACUUAACUCUUCCCCCCCUUCACUUCACUUCACUACACUUCACUGCUACACUUUACACAGGCCAACCACAAACGCUGGGGUAAGCAUGUGCCACACACUCAACUGGCGCUGCCUCAGUUUGCUGCUGCUGCUGACCGAAUUCAAUGGCCUGGCAUGGGCGGCAACACGCGCUCGCGUCAGCAGCGUUACAACAAUGACACGCAACAUUGAAGAGGAGAACGCCUUACUCAAUCUGCUGGCUGGUCCGCCCGUGCUCUCCGAGUCCAUCAUUGGCACACUGGGACGACUGCCCUGCAAUGUGACGCCGCCCAUCUAUGAAGAUCGCGUAGCGCUCGUCAUUUGGUACAAGGUUGGACUAAAGACGCCCAUCUAUAGCGUCGAUACACGCGACUCGAACUUUGCGCAGGGCACGCACUGGUCGGACGAAACGUAUCGGGAGCGCUUGUCCUUUCACGUGGAGGGACGUGCCGGCACGCUGACCAUGAAGGCCACAACGGAGGACGAUACGGGCGAAUAUCGUUGUCGUGUCGACUUCCAAAAGAGUCCGACGCGCAACUCCAAAGUGAAUUUAACUGUCAUAACGCCGCCAGAGUCGAUUAUAGUGCUGGAUAGCAUGGGAGCCACCAUCAAUGAUCAGACGCUGGGUCCCUAUAACGAAGGCUCCAGCAUCAAUGUCACGUGCGUGGCCAUUGGCGGUCGACCACAGCCGAGGGUUACCUGGUGGCAUGGCAGCUCCAUGUUCAACAGCUCUGGAUGGGGCCAUCCACUGUCGGAGCGGCGUGUGGGCAACGUGCUGACACUGGCCAAGCUGAAACGCAAGAAUCUGCACAUGCAGCUGACAUGCCGUGCCGAGAACAAUAAUUUGACAUCUCCAAUUAUCAGCAGCAUCGUGCUCGACAUGAACUUGCGUCCAUUGAUUGUGAAGCUGCAGGGUGAGAAUCGUCCACUGUCGGCGGAGAAUUCUUAUCAGCUGAGUUGUGCUGUCAUCGGCUCACGUCCAGCGCCAACGAUUACCUGGUGGAAGGGCAGCACGCCCAUGAAGAAUACGCAUGAGAUUGCAAAUCCAGAUGGUAAUAUGACCACCUCGGUGCUCACAUUCACGCCCACUAUUGAUGAUCGCGGCAAGUUUCUCUCUUGCCGCGCCGAGCAGAGCAUGAUACCCGAAUCGGGCAUGGAGGAUGGCUGGAAAUUGGAUAUUUAUCAUAUACCUGUUGUCAGUCUGGAGCUGGGCACCAAUUCGCUGAACUCGACGCUGCGCGAAGGCGUCGAUGUUUUCUUCGAGUGCAACAUCAAGUCGAAUCCUUGGAUCUACAAAGUUAGCUGGCGACAUAACGGCGAAAUACUGGAGAAUAAUCCAGCCCAGGGCAUAGUCGUGGCCAAUCAAAGUCUAGUGCUGCAAAAUGCGAGCCGGGCCAGAACUGGCAUCUACACCUGCGUGGGCAGCAAUCGCGAGGGCGACGGCGAAAGCAAUCCCGUUCAGCUGGAUAUCAGAUUUGCACCCGUUUGCCGAGCUGUGCAGAAAGUGAACUACAGUUCGGCACGCCAUGAGCAGGUCAAAGUUGCAUGCGAAAUCGAUGCGAAUCCCGCCGAGGCGAGCUACGUAUGGAAAUUCAAUGCGACGCAAGGCGAAACAAUUGAUAUACCCGCCUCGCUCGUACUCGUUGACCGCGGACGCAGCAUUGCCCACUAUACGCCCAUGACGGAAAAUGACUAUGGCACGCUGCUCUGCUGGGCCAGCAACGAAAUUGGCGAUCAAAGCGAGCCAUGCGUAUACAAAAUAACACCUGCAGGCGAACCGGAUCCGCUGGUGAACUGCACGCUGCUGAAUCAAACAUCGUCGGGAUUUCAAAUCGAGUGCAUCGAAGGCUUCGACGGCGGCCUGCAGCAGGAGUUUGUCAUGGAGGUUUAUGUGAAUGGCUCCAUGCGUUAUCCAAAAAUGUCCACAUCAAAGCGUCCAUACUUUGAGGUUAACGGACUGGUGCCGGGCAUGGGCUACAAUGUUUUUCUCAUAGCGCAGAACAGCAAAGGACGCAGCAACGCAACCAUUUUGCAAGUCUACACGCUAAAGGAUCCAGAGAAGCAAACUGUUAAAAUAACAUUUACAAAGUCUUAUCAAGCCUCUAAGCCUGUGUUUGACAUCAAGGCAAGCAGAACAACAACAACCACUACCACUACCACAAUCAAUACACAGCAAACAACAAAAACAACAACCACAAGCGAUUGCAUUUGCGAUGAAGACGAAUUCCUUAACGUGGGCAAUUCAGCAUUUGAUGAAGUAGACCAAUCGCAGGCCUAUGCGACUGUCAUCGGGGACAUUCGGCCCUUCCUUGGCAUACUCUCGGGCAUUGUGGGCAGCAUUGUGCUGGUGGCGCUCAUCAUUGUCAUUGUGGUGCGUGUGCGCGGCAGCUCAGGCCGCGAUCGCAAUAAUUACUCGCAUCCGGGCAAUGGCGGCGGCGGCGCCGCCAGUAGCAGCACCACACCAAAUGCCAAUGGCAAUGGGAAUGGCAAUCUGAGCGGCAUACUGGGCAACAACAAUGGCAGCCUGGGCAUUGGCACUUUGGCGCACAAUGGGGGGCAAUCAGUGCAGGAUAUGCAUCGCAUUGGACGCGAGACAUGCCAUGUGACCAGCAGUCUGGACAGCAUCGAUAAGAAUCCCGAUAUUAUACCGCAAGAUGGUCACGAUGUGGACGAUGAGUGGACAACAAAGGGACACAGUCGUGCUUAUGCGACGGCAGCGCUGGCGGAGCAGAAUGCCGUAAUUACCUCAACCACAUAUGAUCACAUAAUGCCCACGUAUGCGGUGGUCGAUAAAAAGUCCGGCCCAAUGCCCAAUGCGCACGGACAGUACAUACAAUAUAAUACGCUUAUACCCGUUAGCAAAAUGGGUGCUUAUGCCAAUCAACAGCAGCAGCAACAGCAGCAACAGCAGCAACAGCAGCAGCAGCAGCUCCACCAGCAGCAUCAACAGAAGACUGAGCUCAGCUAUAGCGAGCUGGCCGCCCCCAUUGUGGGCAACGCCGUCGGCGUACAACGCCUCACGCCCUACUGCAGCGCCACCUUGGGUCGACCCAGGCAGACGGAGCUGAAGCGCGCCGAGCCGAAUAUCUAUUCGCAGGUAAAUGUUAUGAUGGAUGAUGAAAUUUUGGCUGAAAUGCAGGCGGCCACGGCGUCCGGCAGCGGCUAUGUGGCUGGCGCUGUGGUCGAUAAUUUGGGUGGCCAGCCGGGUCUCUAUGUUCAAGGCUAUGCCACACGUAUCGAUCUAGCGCAUCAUCCCAUGUACUCGACCAGCCCCAUGUUUGGCACGAACAGCACCAUCACCGGUGUCACCAUGUCACAUCCAUCACAAUUGGCCACCUUCUCGCCAACGCCGCCGCCGCCCAUAUUCGCGCACAGCGUGGUCACCACCGGCGAUGGGCUGCUGCAGCCGGUCACAUGCAUGGGACUGGUGGCUACAUCUUCAGCAGGCGGCAUACCCAUGCCGCUGCCACACCAACACCAACAGCAGCAGCAGCAACAACAUCAGCAACAUCAGCAAGUAACAGCGAAUGGCGCUGGCGGCAACGGAAGUCUUGUUGGCGUUGGCAUGAGCCUUUAUGGCAGCGAUGUGGCAAAGCCACAGCUACUAAAGACCGUGCCGGAGGAGCUGCAUCAUCAGAUCAAUGGCGAGGAGGUGCUCAUCAGUCAGGAGCGCAAUCAUGGCACGGGCACGCGCUUUUGACGCUGAAUUCCACCAGCUAAUUUAAGCCAAAACAAAUCAAAACUGUAGAAAGUGACAAGUGGCGUGUGUGGGGGGCGCGUGUGUGUGGCAUGUGGCAAGUGAAAAUUGACUAUAAGUUUGUGAUGUGCGCGUAAAGAAUUUAAUUGAAAUCAAACAGUCGUCAGAGCAUUUAGUAGCAUUGGAUUUUACGAUUAGAGGUGACGAAUGCAAAUGCACUUUUUAAAUCAGCAGCAAAACGGGAAUAAUAAUUAAAUAAAUGUAUUAAUUAAUUAACUAAAAGUGAGCCUAACACUAAUGUAAUAUAUUUCUAUGCAAUGUGCAUUGUUUAAAAUACGAAGAAGGAAACGCAAAAAUUCCAUUAGACUUAAGCCAGCUCCAUGUAAAUUAACACUUAACAUAAUUUAGUACUCGAACUAAAUCUAAAUCCAAAUCUCAAUCUAAUUAACUUGAAACUUAGCUGUACCAUGUGAACACUGAAUUGUUAAAAUAUUUUUAAAUAACAGCUUUAAGCGAAAAGAAAAACGAAAACGUAAACAAAUUAUAACCUUUUAGCUAAGUAAACCAAUUCAUAAUUGUUGUUAAUUUUGUGUUUGUCAUUAUAACAAUUAAAGUGGGAAGAUAUGCAUUUAAACAUUUAGCUUGUCCUUGAGAAAUAAAUACAAUUUAUUACGAACUAAAUCAAAUUCAUCUAAUCGUAAGACUCAAAACUUAGCAUAGCAGAAAUUGUAAUUAUUAUAAAUGUAAAAGCAGCAUUAAAGAAUUUAAUAACACAACACAGGCUACAAAUAAGUGAACUUAAUAAUAAAAUGGUUAACUUAACACUAAUUAAUAAUUAAUUCAAAUUAGCGGCGCAUUUUAUACGUAACAACAUUUAAACAAAUGAAGCAGCAGCAGCUCAAAAAAAAUC